AAGCAUCGAUCAAGUGUAAACUAUCUACCGUAAGCUUAACCAUUGUAGCAUCGCGCUCUAAUCCCCAAGUACGACCAAACCUUUUUUGUGAACUGAUCUUUCAAGCCACAAACGCCUCAAGAAGACGGCGUACACGGCGGCAUCAACCACCUUUGUCACUACUUCUUCUUCUCCCGCCUCUUCCACCUCCAAGUCUUUCGUCAAUCGUCAAUUCGACUCCGAUUCAAACUCCAACCACAUCAUCGAAGACGUUUCACAUUUAAGACCUAGCUCAACUGGCGAUACCGACAUUCAACUGGCGAUACCGACAUUGUUAGGUUGAAUAUUUUCCGUGAUGACCCAGUUCAAACUUGAGAUCUCUACUUUGCAUGUAUUCAUUUGAAAGCUGCAAGGGUUUUCUGUUGUUCAUUAUGAAUAUAGAAAGGAGGAAGAACCAAGGGUUGUCUGUUGUAAUCUUGAUCAAAUUAUUUCAUUAAUAGUAGAGUUGUUUUCUUCUGGAGACAUCGAAGUCAGUAAUCAAUUCUUGUGUGUUCUUCUCAUCUCUCAAUCUUGGUUUUAAUUUCUUUUUUUAUUUUUGACGGCUGUGUUCUGUUUAAAUUUCUGCAUAAUCUGUCAUCGUAUUUCUGCAGCGAAUUGUUCUUUGCUGUCGUAUGCUUGUUGGUUGUGCCUCAUUUGGUUUAAUUGUGUAUAUUCUCUGCUGCAUGUUUAUUGUUAAAACAGUUCAAUUUUCGAUUUUGGAACUUUACUGGCAUGUUGUGAUUUUCCUAGGAUCAUGUUAGGGUUUGAGAAGAAAUAUUUACAAACUUAUUAUUUCUUGACAUAGAUAUUCUCAAUAUGUAGUAAUUUCUUAUUAAUCUGAUCAUGGUUUUAUGAUCUCAGAUUUUGUUACUUGGUGCUGCACUAUCACAUGUGAUCAUUUGGUUCACAAUUUUAACUUUGCUAUGGAGUAAUUGCAAUGUAUAUAUUAUAAUUUAAUUAAUAGAGUGAUAUGCUAUAUAUAUUAAUUAGUAAGCACAUAUUAUAACAGUCUUUGUUAAGAGAAAAGCUUGGGGUAGGUUUAGCAAACUGAUUAUAACAGUCAAUUAUUAAGUUGAAAGAGAGAUUAGUAGAGUUCAUACUUCAUAGAAGGAGCCAAUAGCUAUACAAGUUUUUGAUUCCUGCUAUAUGUAGGACAGUGAAUUUCAAGAUUUUGGUUUAAUUUUGCAGCAUUUCAUUAUUUAUUGGUGCACCCAAUUGUAAUGAUUUUGACUACAACAAACAACUCAACUUGAAAAUUUUGUGGCCACAGAUGUCUUCUCUUUGAUGCUGCUUUCUCAAGGGCUUCAAUCUCACAAUCUUUAACUCUUUACUCCAAAUGAUUUUAAAUCCCUUCGAUUAUGAUUUUAAAUAGUUCAUGCUAUUCAGAACACAUCAACACGAUAGUACAAGUGCCAUGAUGUGAAUCAAUGUUCGGUCAUUUUUGCUGUGUUUCUCUUUUAACUUUACUAUUAUUACUCUCUCUUCAAUUCAAAAGAAUGCUCUUUGUUUUUUCUCUUUAUCGUGUUUAAACAAAGCCUCCCCCGUCCUCUCUUUGUGGACAAUAAUUUUGUACACACAACUGUGCUAACUCAAUGAAAUAUGUGCAACAGGAUAUAAUAACUCAAGCAUUUUUCUGAUCACGAACUAACUGCAUUGCAUGUAGGAGUGGAGGAGGGAGGGAGGAUAAGUACUGUUUCAUUAUGUCAUACUCUAUUAUUUUUUUUGUCUUUCUAAUGUCUGCUACUGUGUUUUAUGGCAUAUUAAGUCUUUGACAUUUAGCUGUUGGUUCUGUCUAUGAACAAUGUGUCUGAAUUUACUUUUGACAUUUAGUAACUGCAAUAUAUAUUAAAAUUUAAUUAAUAGAGAGGUAUUCUGUGAAAAAAAAAAUUAAUAAGGUAACAAUUGCAUCUUUUUUACUGCAAUGAGUUCAAAAGAGAAGAUGCUGGUAUUUUUGGUGAAUACUGCAAAAACUGUCGCAUGCACGAUGCAUCUCUUAAUUAUUGCUGCAGUUUUGAAUUAUGUAUGUGUACCAUUCUAUAUAACUAUUGUUGCAGUUUUGAAUUAUGUAUCUUUGUGCUUUGUAUUAAAUUUACAUAAUAUUGUGUUUUAUUUUUCAAAACAUAGUUAUGGAUAGUAGUUGGAUGGAAAUUUUUUUUUGAGUGAUGAAUAUAAAAAAAUCCCUUGAGUGAUGAAUAUAAAAAAUCCUGUGUGUUGAUCUUAACAUUAAAUCGGGGGUGUGUUCCAACUGUUUCCUCCUAAAAUAAUGUUAGGAAAAAUGCUUCAAAGAUAAAAAAAUAAUAAAGAAUUUCCAACUUUUGGGCCGAUGAAGUUUCUGAUUGCACAUUUUGUAGGCCAAAUCAGAGUGGCUCAUUUGCUGUUUCUGAUGCUUCAGCUUGUCAGUUGAUAAUUCGGUUAACUCAUCUUUUCAGUUGAGUUUAAUCCACUCACCUAUAUUCUCGACUGUCUACCAAUUCGACGGGUGCUUAAAUAUAUGUUGGAUGUGUACAGACUAUUUUAUAUUCUAAGUAUCCUUUGCUUUCAUUGUUUUUAGAUGAUGAUGACAACAGGGAGUCUGUUCACCUAGUAGUGUUGCUGGUUCAUUCCCUUUUCAAUAAAAAAACUUCAAAUAUAUUUAUUUUGGAAAUAACAACAGUUUGGGUUGGGUGAUCUUGUAAAACUUGUUCGGCUCAGCUAGGAGAAUCACGUGUGGGCCUUAGUAGGCCCAUAUCAGGUUGCACUCAUCACCUCACCUGCAUGCGCGUCUUUCGAAGCCCAUAGUGGCAAUAUUCACCAUGAAUGAAUCAGCAGUAAACAGGCAAAGCAACAACGAAGAACAAGAAGAUGACUACAUGGGGGACCUUUCUCGGUUUCUUCCUUCUGAUGCUAUCGACCCUCCAAAUCCGAAGUCUUCAUCAAAAAGGAUUUCGGACAAGAAAGAUCUUUCAAUCAACUCUUCCAAGAGUCAGUUGAAAACUUUUAACUGGCAAGAACGACGGAAAAUCGAAAGAGAAAGAAAGCAAAUACAAGAGGAUGAACAAACAUUAGCGAAAGUGGAAGCUCCAAUACCACAAUCCAACAUUGGGUUUAAGCUACUCAAACAGAUGGGUUAUACUCCAGGUUCUGCCCUUGGAAAGCAAGGCUCGGGCAGGGCUGAACCAAUUGGGAUUGAAAUUCGACGGUCACGAGCAGGUAUAGGCUUAGAGGAUCCCCACAAGGAGAAGAAGAAAAUGGAGGAAAUCAUGAUUGACAGGAAAAGGAGGAAUGAGCAGGCUCUGAUGCAAGAAUUCGGGUCUAGGCAGAAGUCACGGUGGCAGAGUAGGAGAAUUAUUGUUAAUUUCAACAAGGCUAAGGCUGCCCUUGACCAAUUGGAGAAUCGGGAAAUUGUGGAGCCAGAGAAGAAUGAGGAUGAUGCAGAGGGUGAAGAUGAAGAAGAAGAAGAAAUAACAGAAGAGGACUUGCUCGAUGUUUUGAUGAAACUGAGGGAUGAGUUCAAUUACUGCCUCUUCUGUGGAUGCAAAUAUGAAUCAAGUUCUGCCCUUUUAGUCAACUGCCCUGGAAUCAAUGAAGACGACCACUAAAUUGAAGGUCUCUUAUUAUGGAGCAAGUACUGUUGUUGGUUGUAAAUUCAUAUUGCUACGAAGAUUGCUAAGCUCACUUCUAGUGGAUGAUUAAGCCUUGAGACAUUCUCACUGGAGCACAACAUUGUGGUAAUACAAGCGUUGUGAUCGUCCAAAUAUUGGAGUUGUGUCUAGUUACAAUACUGCUUGGUGGUUGUCUGAUCUUCAAAGUGUUCUACCCUAUUGCAGGAUUUGGGUGAAAUUGGUUAUAUGGUUUGUGAAACUCAAUUCGUGGCGGAAUUUUUCAUAGCAAUAUACUAAUCAUUUUUACAAUUUUAGACUAUUGUUCCCAACUGAUUCAGAACCGAGAUGGUGAGAUGGGGUACCCAUUUCCCAAACAAGGAAGCGAGACCGAGCGUGGAUAAUGCAGAGGGGUAGGCUGCACGAUCCUUUAUGCAUAAAGGAAAAGAAAUUAAUAAGGUCAAUUUCAAAAGGAAACAAUUGAUGGUUGAACAUGAAUAUUGUGUCCAUUUAACAUACUAAGAUCACCAUAUUCUUCAUUGUUCAUAAUAAUUUCACCAUCAUCUUUGUUCAUAAUGAUUUCACCAUCUUCUUUGAUCAUAAUAUGAUCACCAUCUUCUACUUUGUUA